AUGGGCUCAGAAUAUGGAGACAGACGCAAAUCCCUCGCGUCCAUCGCCACCACCAGGUCUCUGAUCACUCGGACCCUUACCCGCAGAGAUAACACUACCACCACCGACUGGUCUGAUCAAGAGGCUAGUACUAAAGGUCCAAUAGGUCUCACCACCGUGUACAGCCCUCCUGAUGACAUAGUGGUCGACUUGAUAUUUGUCCAUGGAAUCAACGGGGGCUCUCAAAGCACUUGGACCAAGAAUGGAGAUCCAACAUUGUUCUGGCCUCAAGAAUGGCUCCCUAAGGACCAAGCUUUUCAGGAUGUCCGAAUUCAUACGUUUGGAUACGCAUCCGCCAUUGCGCAGGGAUCGGUUCUCAAUAUCCCGGACUUUGCACGAUCCCUGCUGUACUCUAUCCAUGAUUCACCUGUCAUCCUAAGAGAGAGUAAGGUACCAUUGAUAUUGGUUGGUCACAGCAUGGGUGGGUUGGUCAUCAAGAAGGCAUUCAUUUUUGCCCAUGAUAGUGAGGAAAUGAGGCCGCUUGUUCGCAGAAUCUGCGCCAUCUUCUUCCUUGCAACACCCCACCAAGGCGCUGAUCUUGCGCAGACCUUGAGUCGACUUUUACAGGUGGUUUCAGGGACCCGGGCAUUUUUACAAGACCUCUUUCCAGGAUCGCCAGCACUAGAAUCGAUCAAUGAAAAAUUCCCACAGCUUUGUGGUGGCCUUAAGCUCUUCUCAUUUUACGAAAACAAACCGAUGAACUAUGUCUUUGGGCGAGGGCUAAUUGUAGACAAAAAAUCUGCGGUAAUGAACUACGUCAACGAAAGAAAGAUGUAUCUCAACGCGAAUCACCGGGAUGUCGCCCGGUUUGCUUCUACAAAUGACCCUUCCUACCUCGCUGUUCGAAACUCGCUGGCAGCAUACAUCGAGAGCAAACGGGGCUCCCAAAUAUCACGGGGCCAACAGGUGGAGGGCGAUCGGUUGGAGAGAUUGAAUAAAUUUCUUAGCCUCUCCGAGGCCCCAGAAGGAGACUUGAUGAGCCAAGAUGACACUCGGGUUCCAGGCUCGUGCGAUUGGUUCCUACGCAAACCCUCCUUCGAGCGAUGGCUGGAGUCUUCCUGCUCCCAACUACUUUGUCUGCGAGGACGACCAGGUACAGGAAAGACCGUGCUGACAAGUCACGUCAUUAACCAUCUGCGGGACUUGGGGCAAGAUUGCUGCUUUUUCUUCUUCAAGGAGGAGGACAAAUCAAAAGUCACCAUAAAUUCAUUCUUAAGAUCAUUGGCUUGGCAGAUGGCCCAGUUACAUGGUGACGUUUUGUCGGCCAUACUAGAUCUCGCAGCGACAUGGCAGGAUGCGACAAUCAGCAAGGCGGACCAUAAUCCUGUGUGGCAAAGACUUUAUCUGCGCGGUCUGCUCAAGACUCGUCUGAUGAAGCAGCAAUAUUGGGUGAUUGAUGCUCUGGAUGAGUGCAAGGCAGGCUCCGAACUCAUGUCUUUCCUUGCGAAGGCCCAGGAGCUCUGGCCGUUGUCCAUCUUGGUGACCUCUCGGUAUCCAAUCACAUCCAUGGGUUUCACGAAUCAGACGAGUGAAGUCGUGUCGGAGACCAUCGGAGAGCGAGACACAAAAAAGGAUAUAUCACUUCUUCUGCAAGCCCAUAUUAAUUCACUGCCCUCAAGGAAUGAUGAUGAAAGAAAAGCCAUGGUAGACAACAUUGCUGAGACGUCUAACGGUUGCUUUCUCUGGGUCGACCUAGUGCUGAAGGAACUCCAGCAAGCCAAUACAUCCGCUGAUAUUCGGAGAGUGCUGGCGAGCAGUUCUGACAGCAUGGAUAAUCUUUACAGCAAGAUUCUCAGCGAUAUGGCCGAUGCCCGGUUUGGGAAGGACUUGGCGAUAGCCAUUCUUACUUGGAUAGCAUGCUCAUUUCGGCCACUGUCAAUAGAUGAAAUACAUCGGGGCAUUGAGCUUGACAUCGGUGACAGCAUCAAUGACGUUGAGCGCUCCAUCAACGCAUGUUGUCGCAGCAUCGCCUACGUUGACAGCCAGAAAAUGGUCCGGUUAAUUCACUCGACAGCGCAAGAUUUUCUUCUACGUCAGAAUAGCGUUCCGCAGUUUGAAAUUGAAGAGUCAAAUGCGCACAGGCGACUUACUCUAGCAUGUCUUCAAUACCUCUCUAGCAGUGAGAUGAAAGCCCCUCGGUCAAGAAAGCUGAGCCUCUCCACAGAGGCCGAGAAGAAGUCCCCAUUCGCGGAUUAUGCAUGCAAGUUUGUCUUUAAACAUUUGACACUAGUUAGGUCGACAGAUGAGGAUAUCUUCGUUGCCCUAACAAAGUUUCUCAUGUCACCCAAUAUCUUGGGUUGGAUUGAAUAUCUUGCCAGACAUGGAGAUCUGCAAUUGGUGUUUCACGCCGGGAAGGCCAUCGACAAUCUGUUGAGUCGGCGCUCCCAGCAUACACCCCCAAUGGGCCUGAAAAGGGAUAUUCGACUCAUCCAGGAGUGGGGAAAUGAUAUGGUUCAUCUCGUAACCAGAUUUGGUCACCAAAUUUCCCUCUACCCGUUGUCAAUCCACCAUCUCGUCCCCCCGUUUUGUCCCCGCGAUUCGACUGUGCGUCGACUGUUCGGUUCAUCGCCUAGAGGAUUAUCUGUGCAUGGCUCAUCUUUGCAUACGUGGGAUGACUGUAUGGCCACCAUCUCGUAUCCCAAAUCGGGGCAGCUGAUGAGCGUGGCAACAUCGAACAAGUACAUGGCCAUGGGUAUGGCGAAUGGGCAAAUCAUCUUUUACGACUGUACCACCUGCCAGGAAAGCAAUGUUAUCCAUCAACAAGGAGCAGUAUUGAAACUGACUUUUGGGGAGAGCGGAAACUAUCUCGCGUCGGCCGGUGUAAAAUCGGUGUCUGUAUGGAACUUGGGUUCCUGGUCCAAGAUUUGCACGCUCCCGAUCUCAGCAAUGUGCAUCGCCCUGACAUUUACAGAAAACGACUGUUUUCUACUUGGUGCAUUGAAAAACAAUCAGCUGGUAUACUGGGAUAUUCAAAAUGGCGGGAUCUCUCAGGACGAGCCGACCAAUUGGACGCAGGAUUUUGAAAAUCGUGAUAUCCAGUUCAGGCAACCUACGGGUGCAGCGUUCUGUCCUCACCAAAAGCUCCUGGCCAUCAUUUAUCGCGGGGAGUACCUCAUCCUGUGGGACUUUGAGCUUGAACGAAUCCACGAUGUAUAUGAAAAGGAGUCCGGGUCUCUAUAUGAGUCUUUGAAAGAAAGCAACGGAAGCACAACAGUUUGGACUCUAGCCUUCAGCCCUGCAGUUGACGCAAAUAUCCUUGUUGCGGCUUACUCAGAUGGAGACACUAUGGUGUAUGAUACCUCGUCCGGUGGCAUUAGAGGGGCUCUACGGGGGGUGAAUGCUCACGCGCUCGCGUGCUCCCCAGACGGCCGCACAUUAGCAACUGCCGACUCACAGGGCACAAUUCGGCUGUACGAUAUGGAAACGCUCAAAAUGAUAUAUCGGCUAAACUUUAAUGGGGACGCAUUUGGAUCCGAAGCCCUCUCCUUCACUUUGGACAAUACUCGUCUCCUCGACGCCCGGGCCCACCAAUGCCGGAUCUGGGACCCUGCAGUGUUGCAGAGACAGGAUAUUGACGACAUAGACAGUGACACGGUAUUUGUCUCAACUAAUGCUCAAGAGAUAGACUACCAGAUUUUGGAAUCCAUAAGCAUCACGUCGAUUAUCUGUGUCCGGUCUGCCUCGAUUGUCUUCUGUGGAAAGGAGGAUGGAUCAGUGCAUGUCUACGACAUCGCCUCUGAGCUCCAGGGCCAGCAGCUUUUUGUACAAACUCCUGGGAUCCCAAUCAACUUCCUCCACUUUGACGAGGGCAUCCUCACUUGCGCAGACUCCGCCAGUCACGUAGUGAGCAGGAGGCUUAUGCGACGGCCACGAUCAAGAUGGGAUGUCCAGGAGCCCUUUCUAGAUCUAUACAUUGGAACAUGUAUACAGCAACUGCUUGCAUCUAGUAAGCAUUCCAGGCUUCUUGUAACUUCCGAGUCCGAGGAUACUCUCUGGGAUCUGGUUGGCUCUAAGGAUAAGGCCCCCCUGAUUCGCAAUGAGGUCAAAGGCAAAAGAUACUGGAUUCAAAGUGCCGCUCGUCCCGAUAAUUUACUCCUUGUGACGCCCACAGGGACAAUGGCGUGCAACUGGACCUCUCUGGAAUGCCUCAACACUGUUUCUCUGGAUCAUCUACUCCAACCCUCGACAGUGAUUUAUCAUGUGACUCCUCUCCACCACCCCCGUUUCUUUGCGACAAUAACAAAAGACACCUCGCCCACCCUGUCCUCUGAGCGACUGAUACAUGUGUGGGAUUUUAGAGACUUCAGUUCGGAUAGGGCGAUUCAAUCCCCCGUGCACAGCUUUAGCGCCGUGUCUUCAAGAGUCGAGACAAUUAUUGGGGCACUUGAUGAACGACUAAUCUACCUCGACACUAACCGCUGGGUUUGCUCCCUCAAUCUGGAAAAGAGAGAGGAGCCAGUGGUACGACACUUUUUUAUUCCUAAUGACUGGAUGGGUUCCACCGGUCAGUUGCUACUGGAUCUUGGACGUACAGGCGAAAUCAUCCUUGUCAAAGUGAAUGAGCUUGUCAUUAUCAAGCGAGGUCUUGAAUUCACACAUCAAGGCACUUUUGAUGGGCCCAGGAAGGGUAGCUUGACUCUCAGGCAUGAGGGCUAUCAUGUCUUUGAAGACCCUAUUUAA